GGAGGGGCGUUAAAUAACUAUAGAAUCGGUUUGGGCGUUUAUAAUUUCUCGAGCACUCUAUACUGUUCAGUCCAACUGGAAUGAUCAAUACGUAAGAAGUAAUUCAAAUGAAUUUGGGAGAAUUUAGUCAUACACAAGAACAAGAUUUUAAUUCGCAGUUUUCUUAUUUCCCUUUCUUUUUGGAUCCUACCAACAUCCCGCAAUAAGGAGGGUUUGCCCCACGUUUGAAUUAGUGAACCUGACACUCUCCCUGAACAUUUAAUCGCUUGCUCUUCAUAAAACUCCUCAGGAUUAAUUUGCACUCAUCGUGAAUCGGGAUAGCACUUUACAAUCAAAGAUGUACCGAAACUUUGGGAACUUGGGCCGAGGAGGCAGCGACUCUGCGUCCACCAAUACCGGAUCGAGUGCUGUAUCCCAGGGCACCAGCACCUCAACUACUCAACAAGAUCAGAAGUUCACUGUGGCAGGUGGCAGCCAGUUUGUCCCCAGUCUCAAUGCCAUCACUUCCAACCAAGACCUCCAGUGGUUGGUCCAGCCCUCCUUCAUUGGUCCAGCUGGCCCCUCGCGGCCUCCACGUCCUCUUUACUCACCUGCAGCAGGAAUGAGGCCCUUCAACCCUUCACCUUCCCAACCACACCUCUACAGACCAGGGGUCAUAAGGGCAGUGGCAAGAUCUGGGAGCACAACCAGACGCAGGAACGAUGAACAUUUGUCCCCAGAGGAGUUGGAGAGACGCAGAAUAAGGAGGGAGCGGAACAAACAGGCAGCUGCCAAGUGUCGUAACCGUCGACGGGAGCUGACAGACACGCUGCAAAUCGAGACAGAUGAGUUGGAAGGUAAAAAGUCCUGUCUGCAGAAAGAGAUUGCUGAACUAGAGAAGGAGAAAGAAAAGCUAGAGUUGGUUCUGGAGGCCCACCGCCCCAUUUGCAAAAUCCAAGACUCUGACUCAGAUUCUGACCAGAGCUCAGAGCUUCCCUCAUUGGGAGGUAUCAAAAUUGAGCCUGAGCUUCCUGACUUACCAGGGAGCUCAGCAAAGAGCCAAUCAAGGAUAGAGAAGUCCAAACCAAAAAUUACUAUCCCUGUCCGUCCUGUGACCUCCUCUGCCUCUGCUGUCCCCAUGGAAUCUGAGUCCCUUCACACCCCAAUUCUUAUUUCUACUCCAUCUCUUACUCCUUUCACGGCUAGUCUGGUCUUCAGUUAUCCCUCUGGCUCUCUAGACUCCAGUUCCACUAUUUCAUCCCAGGCUCUACCGACUCUGUUAUCUUCCUCUCAACAUGGUGUGGCCCAGCAGUCUCGAAACCCCCAGCCCUGUAGUAUUGCCCAUCGCCGUAGCAGCAGCAGUGGGGACCAAUCAGAUCACUCCCUAAACUCCCCUACCAUCAUCACACUGUGAUUUAACUGGCUUCCUUGGUGGGAAAGACUGAGUGACAACACUGACGGUUAUGAAGAUGAAGAAAAUUAUGACAUAGGUGACUUUAAUAACGACAGUAAUUAUACGCUAAAUGCAGCUGGUCUACUUCAUUUCCUCUGUGCCUACACUUUCCAAAUAGCCCCUACACACUAAAUGCACACAAAAGCUAAAAUACUGAUUCUCACAAAAAGCAUUAUGGUGAUGCCAAUGACUCAUAUUUAAAGGGAUGUAUUGUUACUUUUUUUGUUUUCACCAAUGCAUAUAACUUCUGACAACCUAUAUUUGUUAUGCUCAAAACACAAGAUGUAGAACUGUGCAACUGUGCAAACAAAAAUGUAUUAACUCUGUGUACUUUGGCAAUAAUGGUGAUAUAUUUAAGAGGGUGGGGGGGUGUGGUAUAUGGCCAAUAUACCAAGGCUAAGGGCUGUGGCAUAUUGGUAAUAUACCACAAAUACCUGAGUUGCCUUAUUGCUAUUAUAAACUGGUUACCAAUUUAAUUAGAGCAGUAAAAAUAAAUGUUUGUCAUACCUGUGGUAUAUGGUCUGAUAUACAUUUACAUUUAAGUACAUUUAAGUCAUUUAGCAGACGCUCUUAUCCAGAGCGACUUACAAAUUGGUGAAUUCACCUUCUGACAUCCAGUGGAACAGCCACUUUACAAUAGUGCAUCUAAAUCAUUUAAGGGGGGGGGGUGAGAAGGAUUACUUAUGAUAUACCAUGGUUUUUACCAUGGUUUUUACCAUGGUUUUCGGCAUACAGGGCUCGAACCACCCAGUUUGUAAUGUAGGAACCACAUCAUGGUAGUGCAUGGUAAUAAACACUGUGGGUUUGUUUGAGGGUAAAUAUAUGUGCAUGCCAGGUACAAUUUCAUGUGAGCUAGCUAUCUUUUAUAUAAAAGAUGCAUACAUCUUCUUCUCAUAUUGUACGUUUAGUACAAUAUAAUUUAUUUAAUUUAUGAACAACUGCAUUAUUUGGGGAAAAUUUGAAAGACAACUAAGGCAGGACCAUGAGAGUAAAUAUAGAAUAUAUAGACAUGUAUUUAUUGAGAGUGUAGUAUAUUUUUUUUAUAAUGUGUCUCUUUUGACUGAUGUGUGGGUCAGUGCAGUGGGCAGUGCCUUCACUUAAAUGUGUUCAUAGACAACGAUACAAGAAAAAAAAUAAAAGAUUAAAGACAACAUUA